AUGGACCGACCGAGCCGACAAGUUCGGUUGUUGUCACUUCGAAGUCACCAUCGACAAAGCACGAACGGCCAAACGAUCUGCAUCGGACGAGUAAUCGUGACAGAUGGCAUUGCUUUCUGCACGAAUGCGAAUGCAUCACCAUCAGACCCACAUCGAGCGUCGCUUCUUAAAUCUGAGAGCAUCAUCCUGUCAAUGGUGAGCGGUCGAGAUUUCCUCAAGUCAAAAUCUAAGAAACAGAGGGAAAAGCGGCGAGUGGUGAGCAACUGGAUCGCUAACAAACUUCCUAAGAAGUACAGCAAGAUAAACGUCAAUCUCGGGUGUGGAAUCACCCUCGCCAUCCUAGAUGGUCGCUUCAACAUCUUUGACGGGGACGUCCAUGGUGUUGCCUAUCUUCUCGAUAUACGACAGCAAAAGAAUGGAACGACAACACUGGAAACAGCUCAGCUGAAUUCGUCUCCAAAUAGCACAGACCAAAUCACGAGAACACUGAUAGUUGACGAGAUUGUUGAGUACAAUUAA